GACAGUUCGUAAACAGUUGAAGCAGAUGGUGUGCAAAGUUUGAAUAGAAAACCGGUAGUUGCUAUCUGAAAGUUGCAACUAAAUAUUUUUUAUGAAUACAAAUUUGUGUUCAGUUUCUUUGCUUAUAACAAUUCCGAGUAUCUUUUAUGAGAAAUCAUAAUUUUUGUGCUAGAAAAAUCGUAUGAUGCGUUCAACUGCGAAAUGGAAAGGUGCAUUUCGAGGGACAAAUGCUUUUCAAAUUAUACUCUGUGUUAUAUUAUUCCAUUCUUUAGCGUCAAUAUUGAUUAUUUACAUUCAUCUUGUUUGGUUUUUCUCCGAAGAGGAAAAAAUAUGGAAAAAACCAGAUGAAACUGCUGAAAAAGGUAGUUUAAUUGGAUGGAAUAUGAAAUCAGUUCUUAAUGUGUUAUCUAGCAAAGUGAUUUCAAAUAAUGAGAUUUCUCUUUUGGGCUGGUGGAUGGAUCAUGCUAAAUGGGAUACUGAUAUACGAUGCUCCAAUCAAAGGUGGACCAUGUGUUCAAAAGGAUUUAGUAGUACAUGCAAGGUUGAUGGAAUUCGAGCAAUUUAUCAAUAUAUAACAUUUGCAAAGGAGUCUCAUGUUACUGGAUUCGAUUUAUCAGUUACUGCUACAGCAGAUCAGUUGGAACCUCAGGCAAUUGGUGCUUCGUUUGGAGCUUUAGCUCUGGUGAAACUUGCAGAUGGGAAUAUAGAAAAUGUUCAAAUACAAUUUCCUUCCAAUAUUGAGCCCCUUACAACUCAAAGCAUCAGCUACUCUGGGACACCUUUCAUUAAUAGUGUUGUUGUAAUGCUUAUGUGUUAUGGAUACACUGGUAGUAUUCAUUUUACAGAUCCAGUAUUGAUGCCUCAUGUAUCUUUCCCCCUUGCCACAACCUUAGUUGAGAAGUGUCCUGUUAAAUCUCCUACAUUCCAGUAUGAUUCUAAUAUUGUCAAGAAAGAAGAGCUACUAAAAGCCAGUCAUAAAAGUGCAAAGGAUCAGUUCAAUCAAGUAACACUUGUUACUCAAGUUUCCAUGGACAGAUUAUCAACUCUUGAACGCAGUCUUCACAUGUGGGAUGGUCCCGUAUCAUUGGUGAUAUAUGUUGCAACUAAACAUUCUGAGAAGUUGGAAUAUGAAUGGCAAAGGUUAUAUAUACAGAAGAAGCUCAAGAACCUUAAACUUUUAUCCUCUAGUCAUGUUACAUUAGCAUUUGGAAAUUCUUUUAAUGAUGAUUAUCCAAUUAAUGCAUUGCGUAAUAUUGCUAUAAGAAAAGUCAAAACAAAAUAUAUGCUACUUCUGGAUGCUGAUUUUCAGCCUUCCCCUGAUUUUCAACAGAAGUUCUUGACUUCACUGAAACAUGUUGAUUUUUCUUUGAAAACGGCAUUUGUGGUUCCAGCAUUUGAAUACAUGGAACUGCCUCAGAAAAGUGAUAAUGCUCCACAAACUAAAGAAGAACUUUUACAGCUACUUCAUAGAGAAGAGCCUUUCAUAUUGCCUUUCAACCUUUUUUUAAAUGUUAGUAAUCUGACCGAUACAAAUCCAGGAAUUUCUGAAUCUAGUGAAUCUCAUAGAAUCACUGACUACUGGAAGUGGUAUCGAGCUGAUAAGCCCUACGUGCUUAACACAUUUUGUGAUAAAUAUGAGCCUUACAUUGUUUUACAUAAAUCAAGUUCAGUUCCAUUAUAUGAUGAACGAUUCACAGGUUAUGGGAUGAAUAAAGUGACUCACAUAACAGAACUUUUUGCUGCAAAUUAUACCUUCAUAGUCCUGCCUGACAUAUGGGUCUUGCAUGUGCCACACAAGAUUUCAAACUUUGCUGUUGAAUUUUUACAGAAUGCUCAUCAGCGUCUUAAGAACAGAAUGGAAAGAUUUGAAUUCAUAGCUGAUAUAAUGAAUACCUAUAAGAUGGGAAACUGCAAGCAGUUACAUUAGACCUAAAUAUAUCACCGCUGUGAGUGCCUAAAUGUCCUGUAAAAGUCUAUUUUGUUAUUGUACUAUUUAUUUAAUAAUUAAACAAUAUUCCAAUUAUUAAAAA